AUGGGCACAACCAUGGCCGACUCUAGUAGACUCUUAGAGAUUAAAGUACCGCUGGAGGAUCUGCAGCAGGCGUCGCGCCUGCUGGUGCGCGCUCUGCAUAUCCGCGAGCGCUACAUGGCCGUCUCGCACCAGAGCUUCCCAUCCAUCACGUCCCGCUUCUUGCGCUCCGUGGACGCGGGCUGCCCGCACAUCAUGGACGACGUUCAGCACGAGGACCGCCGCACCAUCGCCGAUGCUCCAUAUCGGAGAAACGGUGACUGGGCGGUGGGCGCGCGUGAGGAGCCUCCGCGUCGCCGCCCCUUGCGCCCUUUGACGCGCGGCCCCGCCGCCCUCGCUGUUGCCUUUGCAGACCACCCGGUGCACGCGCCCGCCAGCAAGGGCGACCCCUGGGAGUGCGAGUUUCCGCCGGCGUCCGGGUACCUCAUUCGGCCCGUCGCCGGCGUCUUCCAGCUGUACCGCGACGCCGCUGCCCUGGAGCGCGGCGAAGCACUCAACUACCCCUACCCCAAUCUGCCCACUUUCGUCCAAGACAUGAACCUGCUGUGCGCAAUGAUCGCUGACGGCCCACUGAAGUCCUUUUGUUAUCGUCGCCUCAGCUAUUUAUCUUCAAAAUUCCAACUUCAUGUCUUACUGAAUGAACUGCGAGAACUAGCUUCACAGAAGGCUGUCCCUCACAGAGACUUCUACAACAUUCGUAAAGUUGAUACUCAUAUUCAUGCUGCUUCUUGCAUGAACCAAAAGCAUUUGCUGCGUUUCAUCAAGAAGACACUUAAGAACAAUGCAGAUGAGGUUGUUGUAUGCAGCAAGGGGGAAAAGAUGACAUUACGUGAAGUGUUCCAGUCUAUGAACCUCACCUCAUACGAUCUCACAGUAGAUAUGCUUGAUGUACAUGCAGAUCGCAACACAUUCCAUCGAUUUGAUAAAUUCAAUGCCAAAUACAACCCCAUUGGAGAAAGUAGACUUAGAGAGGUUUUCCUUAAAACAGAUAAUUACCUGAAUGGCAAGUACUUUGCAAGAAUCAUAAAGGAAGUAGCAUCAGAUCUUGAAGAAAGUAAGUACCAAAAUGCUGAACUCCGUGUCUCUAUAUACGGCAAAAAUCCUGAAGAAUGGGAUAAAUUGGCCCGAUGGGCAAUUGAUGGUGAUGUUUACUCGGACAAUAUUAGAUGGCUAAUUCAGAUUCCACGUUUGUAUGAUAUUUUCAAAUCGAACAAACUUCUAAAUAACUUCCAGGAAAUUUUAAAUAACAUUUUCUACCCAUUAUUUGAAGCGACAAAUGAUCCCUAUAGUCACCCAGAGCUUCACAAGUUCCUGAAGUAUGUUAUUGGCUUUGACUCUGUGGAUGAUGAAAGCAAACCUGAGAAUCCUCUUUUUGAUAAAGAUGUCCUUACUCCAGACGUAUGGGCUGAUGAAGAAAAUCCUCCAUAUGCGUAUUAUCAAUAUUACAUGUACGCGAACUUGACUGUUUUGAACCACUUCAGAAGGGAAAAAGGAUUGAACACUUUUGUUCUCCGACCUCAUUGCGGGGAAGCUGGUCCCAUUCAACAUUUGGUUUGUGGAUUUAUGAUGGCUGAAAACAUUUCACAUGGAUUGCUUCUGAGGAAGGUACCUGUUCUGCAGUAUCUGUAUUACUUAGCACAGAUUGGUAUUGCUAUGUCACCCUUGAGCAACAACUCACUGUUUCUCAAUUAUCAUCGGAAUCCUCUACCAGAGUACUUAGCUCGAGGUCUCUGCAUCAGUUUGUCUACUGAUGAUCCACUGCAGUUUCACUUCACUAAGUAUUCUGUUAGCAAUCUUCACCAAAAUAAAUCUAUAAUUACAAACCAAGACAAUAUUAUUAUUGCUGCUGUUGUUGUCACUGUUGUUGUUGCUGCUGCUGCUGUUGUUGUUGUCACUGUUGUUGUUGUUGCUGCUGCUGCUGUUGUUGUUGUCACUGUUGUUGUUGUUGCUGCUGCUACUGCUGCUGCUGCUGCUGCUGCUGUUGUUGUUCUUUCUUAUCAAGAACCACUAAUGGAAGAGUAUAGUAUUGCAGCUCAGGUGUGGAAACUCAGUUCUUGUGACAUGUGUGAACUUGCUCGAAACAGUGUACUCAUGAGUGGCUUUCCACACAAGAUGAAGCAGUAUUGGCUGGGUCCGAAUUACACAAAAGAAGGUGUGGCUGGCAAUGACAUCACCCGUACCAAUGUACCAGAUAUCAGAGUAGCCUUCCGCUAUGAAACUCUUGUAGAUGAACUCUCCAAUAUAUUUAAAGUCGCUGAAAAGGAGCCAGUGCUGUGAGCUGUCUUGGUCACUUACAAAUAUUGCAAUUUGGCUUGGUCAUGUGGUCAGGCUGUAUCUGAAUCCAUGCGUACCACUUUUUGUGCUGUGAAUUGUCACUAAAUGAAUGCUCAUAAGCUCUCAAAAAGGCCAGAAAUGUUGUGAUGGAUUUUCGAUUAAUUUAGUAUAUCCAUGUUACAUUUCUAUGGGGGGAUACACCAGGGAGCUAAUGGAACCCGAUUCCCAUGUCACUAAUAAUUAAUAGAAUAGCCAUUAAAACAUGAGACAAGCCUAAAUGGAGACUUAGUAGUGUUAACAUAAUAUUGAAAGGUAAAUAAUAUGAGGUUCCUUGGUAGCUAUUGUGAAACAUGAUUUAAUCGUCUCAUGUUAAUGUUGGACCACUGUUGAUGAAAGACUCUUAGAGCUUAUAUAAAUAGAGUCAUAUUUUGUAUCCAUGUAUCACACAUUUAUGACCUUACAGGUUUAUAAACUAUUGCCACUUUGGAAAAAUUCAGAUAAAUGACCUUUAGACAAAAAGUGCAGUGUUAAUACUGAUGGGGCCCAUAGAAUAUUAGAUUUAGGAACUGGCUGGGUAGUUGAAUUCAGGGACAUUGCAUAUGGUCAACCACAGAAAUAUUUCUGUGAGGGUUGUGACCAGUAGAUAAAUUGUGAUGAGUAUGAUCUUGAGUUUCUGUUUCGUUAAUUUUAAUUGCUAAAUUUUUUAUACGGUUAAUUCAAACUUUAUUAUUUUGUAAAAUAUACCCUAUAGAUGUUUUCCAGAAUUUUCAUGUGGUUUGUUUUUUAAUCUGUUUCAUAUAAUGUAUAUUUAAUGAGGUAAUAGGUUUUUAAAUGUUCUUUCAAUUUCAUACUACGAAGCAACAAUGCUAGUGGUUAAUCUUUAAAAAAAUUGAAAAGGGUAAUCAGUAUAUUUGUAAAGUUGGAGACUCAAAAAGAAACUAUAAAUAAUUUAUGCAUGAUGUGUUUUUAAAGUGUUUUAACACUGCAUGGUGGUAUGUUUUAAAUUUGUUUCUUAAACUAGUAUUUUUAAGAUCCAUGUCUAAUGAAUAUUUGUUGCAUACUUUGAAAUAAUCUAAUUAACUGUGAGAGGAAUUCUUUUGAACAAAGGAAGAAGAAAAAGAAAAAAAAGAAAACCAAUCUGAAAAUUUCUUUCAUUAUUUGAUAAUCAUUACAUUUUUGUAUAGUGAUACUGGUAACAUACUGUAAGAGAAUAUUUCUAGAUGAACAGCUAUGCUGUACAUAGCAUUAAACUAGAUUCAAGUUGUACUGCAUUUGAUUUUCAGUUAGUUUUUACGUUACAUACAGAAAUGUAUUUUUAUAUACCAGAUAUUCACUCUGUCCUAUAGUUGUGUUGCUCAGCUAAAUAAAUCCUAUAAAAAGUGUGGUGUUUUAUUUUUCCUGUUAUGUGCUGUUCUUGCAUGUU